CCCACCACAUGUAUUCAUCUUCUUAUUCUAAAUUAUUAUUAUCUUUCUUCUUCUUCUUCCUUCUAAUUUCCUCAAGAGAAACAGCCCUUUUUUUAGUAACCAUGGGCGUCGCUGUUCUAAAUCCCCAAGACUGUCUGAAACAUCCUUUGUCUCACAUGAAACAUCCACGUAACCCAACCGCAUGUCCCAACAGGCAGAAAAAAACGAUCUCAAACCGCACACGCCGUAGUCCGCCACGAAAACAAUCCUCACCUUCUCCUCCUCGCCCCGACAACAACAACAAAAACGUCGUCGUUUCUCAGGUUAGGAUCCUGAAGCACGGCGAGGAGGUCCCCAAGAAGACAUCAGAUCUUGUCGUGGAAAAGACAGAUCUGUUAUCUACUCAUCGGAUCGGACCAGAUCCAGAAAUGAUUCCGAGUAAGAUCCGUUUACCCGUCCGCAAACCCAAAACGGUGCCGUUUUACGCAGGUCCCGUGACCAUGACGUCACCUCCUCCAAGCGACGUGCCUCUUCCAGCGUUUUUCGCUGCGAAGAAGAGCGUCUCUUUGUUCCAAGCCACUGAUGCUACCAACGAAAUCAUCAGAAUGCUCCGUCUAGACAUCGCGUGAAGGCGUAUGUCUCAAGCCUACGUUCCACUUUAAUCAAAACGGUUACAGUUUCGGAUCGAAUCUUCAAUAAAUCGUUUACAUACGAUAUGAAUCAAGAAGGUGAAGAAAACGCAUCUUCGUUAUGAAACAGUUUCGAAUCUUCCCUUAUUUUUUCAAGGGGCAAGAUCGGAAUAUCUUUCUUAACAGGUCUUUUUAGUUUCUCUUCGAGUUUUAGUGUUUGUAUAGAGUCUUUGUUCAUAGGCUUUAUUUUUUUAAAUUGUGUCUUUGGGUAUCUCUUGUGGUAGUUGUCGGUUUACUAGGUUCUUCUUCUGUUGUUUCUCACCGUUUCUGUAGUUCUAAGACAAAAAGUAUCAGAGAUAUGUAUAUCUUACUGCAAUAACGCAGAUUACAGUUUCUGUAUUACUUUCUAUCUUUCGAUGUAAAAUUAGUAUUUCUAUCUUUAUAUUAAUUGAAAUUAAGUUUUAUUUUACUUUUAAUCCAUUGUUGUUCAAAGUAUUUAUAUUCAUUGCCUGAUAUCAAACUAAGCAUUGCCAAGACCUUGUUUAUAGUAAACAUUCUUAUGGAUAUGCUAUACCACUACUCAACAUAUAUAAAAAUGGUUUAUGCUUACCUCAAUUGUUUAACUUGUUACAUAAAUUAUUCACGUUUGAGAGUAUGUUUCUC